AUGGAAGAAAGAUCUCUCACUUUCCUCAGUCCCAGCGAGCCGCCAGGGCCAGCGCGAACCCUGAGGACCAGAAGACUUCGAGGGCGGGAGUACCACGAGGGACCUGCCGCUUUCCACAGGCACCUCUACGGCGGUCUGGGAGCACGGCUGCGCGCGCACCGAACGUCGCCACCUUCCCGCCCCCACGCGCUCCCCGCACUGCCCCCAGCACGUUCUGUCCCACGCGGUGAGAGCCGCGAUUGGCUCGUCACGCUGCCGGUCACGCUCGAGCGCCCCGCCUCCCUCCCGCUUCUCCCUCCGGCUCGGCCGCCUCUCCCGCCCUUUACAAAUCGGCGGCAGGGCCGCCUCCCCCUAGGCCGGUUCGAAGCGUGGGAGCGCGCCGGGAGCGAGCGGCAGCGGGGCGCGGGCGGGCGGGAGGCGGGGGCGGGGAGCCACACACCCCAGAAGCCAUCUCCGCCGAGGACAAGAUGGCGGUGUUGGCGGAGGGCCAAGUGUGAGGCGGAGCCGCAGCCAUUCCCCCGGCAGUGCCCACCCCCCGCGCCGGCCCGGCCUGGCCGCAGCGACACCACCGCUCGGCCCGGGCCCGGCCCCAUCGCGGGCCAGCGGGCGAGGCCUCGGCGGGAACGAGCAGCGGACGCCCAGCCCAGCAGCCCAGGCGCGGGCCGGCCCACUAUGCAAAGCGGCGGCGGCCGCCGCCCGCCCGUCCGUCCGCCCGCCCCGUGGCAAAGAUCUUUUGAUUGAAAAUGGCAUACAUUGAAGAAAAAGUCAACUGUGUUCUCUGGUUAGCUGAACUCAAGUCCACAACAGCAGUAAGAAGAAAAUUUGCCUCUCAUUAUAAGAGGGAAGCUCCCCACAGAAAUUUAAUUAACAACUGGAUGAAAAAAUUCAAGGAAACCGGCUCAAUUCUUGAUAAGCCAAGAUCUGGGAGACGCAGAGCAAGUGAAGAGACUGUGGCUGAAAUUGAAAGGGCAUUUGAACAGAAUCCCCAAAAAUCAGUGCGCCGGGUAUCUGCCGAAUUAAACAUUCCAAAGACAACUGUGCACAGGAUAUUGACUGUGAAGCUACAUAAGUAUGCUUACAAGGUUACAACUAUACAGAUGCUGCAAGAAGAGGAUUACUAUGCAAGGUUAGACUUUUGUCAAGUGAUGAAAUCAAAAAUUGAAAAUUCUAGUGACCUUCUGGACAAAUUGACCUUUUCUGAUACAGCCGCUUUUCACAUAAGUGGCAUAGUUAACCGUCAUAAUUGUCGUAUUUGGGGUACAGAAAAGCCUCAGGAAGUCUGGCAGCAUGAGACAGAUUCUCCCAAAGUUAAUGUUUGGUGUGCCAUCAGGAAGGCAUGCAUUAUUGGCCCUUUCUUUUUUGAAGAGUCUGCAGUUAGUGGUGAAUCUUAUUUAGCAAUGCUUCAGAAUUUUUUCAUUCCUGAGCUACAGAGAUUACAUCUGUUAAAUAGCACCAUCUUCCAACAUGAUGGACCACCUUGUUACCAUACAUUGCCUGUGCAACAGUUUCUGGAUGACACGUUCCCAGAUCAGUGGAUUGGUAGAGGAGGUCCUCUUGCUUGGCCACCUCAAUCACCAGACUUGUCUCCAUUAGACUUUUUCUUGUGGGGUUAUGUCAAAACUGUUGUGUAUGCAUCAAAACCUUGUUCUUUGGAUGAUCUUAAGGCAAGGAUUACAAAUGCAAUUCUCUCAGUCACUGAGCAGCAGCUGAUGAAAGUUUUCACAAAGUUUGAAAAUCGAUUGGAGCAAUGUAUUGCGCAAGAUGGUGGUUAUAUUGAAUUUUAAUAAGCAUCAAUAUUUUAAUGUUGUAAAUACAUUUUCAAAUGUUUUUUUGUAAGUAUGUGGCAUGUAUAUUUCUGAAGCUAUUAAAGCUUGGAACAGCACUAAGGUUUCUGGGACAACCUUGUAUAAUACCUCUUUUGCAUGAUGAUUCAUCCUGUACUUCCUGGCUGUAUCAAUGAACUCAUUACACUUAUCUAUUUUAACCUCCCUUUUAUCUUAGGUCUUCCCACCUGUGACAAAGAAAAUAGACUAAUCCUUUCCUUUAAAACUUUAAAAAUAUUUGAAGACCCCUAUCAUGCAUUCAUAAUUUAUUUUUAUUAUGUAACUUUGUGUUAAAUUGGCUUUUCAACAGCCUAAGCAAUGAAAUAUAUUCAUGUGUACUGUUUAUACAUUUUAAUUAGGUAAAAACUAAAGCAUGCUUCAUUUUGAUUUGGGUACUUAAAUAGGUAGAAGCUCAGGCUUCUGUGUGGAGCUGGUUUGCAUAUGUGUAUAUACCAUUAAUAUGUAGAUGUAAUUGUAGCCUUUCUGUUUGUUUACACAAUAAACCUUAAGAAAUUUGUGUUAACCAA